UAACACAAAUAAUUUUAUUUGUUCACGACUAAGGGUGUUCUAGCGUUUUUAAACCAUGGUUAUCAUGAAAAUAGUUUACUACAUUCCUCAAUUCUUGUAAAAAAAAUAAUUCUGUUUCCUCCUCAACCACACUAUCUCUCCUCCACAGACCACACUUCAUUUUCUCUUUCCCCUAAUUUAGAGUUGAAGAGCUGAAUUAGGGAAAAAAGGGACGUUUUGGCUUUAAUGGGGUUAUCAAGGCCUCCAACUCUACCUCUCUCACUUCUCCAUUCAACGUUCUCCAUUCAAGCGCAGUUGACGUUCUCCGUUGAACUCUUAAUUAGGUUUCAAUUGAAGAUUUAGAAUGAUUUGGGAUGCAAACUUCUUUAGAUAUUGUUUUGUGGAGGAGCUGUCGUUACUUCUGCUCUUCUACUUCUGGCCAAUUAAAGAGAUCAAAGUCUAUCUCUACUCAAUCAAAAGAAAUCGGGAACCUUCUCGUGGCAGCCCAUAUCACCAAAACUUUGUCUCAAUCUGGAACGGAAAAUCUUGAUGUUGAUUCCGUAUCUCUCUCUGAGAGUCUUAUUCAGCAUGUUCUUAGAAAGACCUCCCUUGACCCUUCCAAAAAGAUUGAGUUUUUCAAGUGGUGCUCUGAUAGGUAUGGUUAUAAACACUCUACAGAAGCUUAUUCCCAGAUUUUCCGUGUACUUUGUCAUUCAAGGAAUCACAAUCACCUUAAUGAUCAUGUGGUGCAGUAUCUAUUUAGUGCGAUGAAGCAUGAUGGCGUCCUUGUUGAUUCAGCCACCUUUAAGCUUCUGCUUGAUGCUUUUAUCAAUUCUGGUCAGAUUGAUUCUGCUCUUGCAACUCUUGACCAGAUGGAAGCUUUAGGAGCUACCUUUAGUCCCCUAAUGUAUAAUUCUGUUGUCAUUGCUCUGGUUCGAAAAAAGCAGCUUGGUUUAGCUUUAACUAUGUUUACCAGACUUCUAGAAAUGUCCAGCGGCAGUGGAGCUGCUGUUCCCUGUGAGCCUGUUGCCUGCAAUGAAUUGCUCGUUUCUCUCAGAAGAGCCGAAAUGAAGGAAGAGUUUGGGAAAGUAUUUUCCUGUUUGAGAGAGAAGAACAUUGCAUUGGAUACAUGGGGUUAUAAUAUAUGCAUUCAUUCAUUUGGCUGUUGGGGUGACCUUGAAACUUCACUCCGCCUUUUUAGGGAGAUGAAGGAACCAAGUGCUGGUACAUGUUGUGGUCCAGAUCUGUGUACUUAUAAUAGUCUCAUACAUGUACUCUGUUUAGUUGGCAAGGUGAAGGAUGCAUUAAUUGUUUGGGAGGAGCUAAAACACUCAGGUCAUGAGCCUGAUGCUUUCACUUAUCGUAUAUUAACAGGCUGCUGCAAAUCGUAUCAGGUUAAAGUUGCAACUAAGAUCUUUAAUGAAAUGCUAUGUAGUGGUUUCCAACCAGAUACUGUUGUAUACAAUUCUCUCCUAGAUGCUUUUCUAAAGGCUAGAAAGCUCACAGAAGCCUGCCAACUUUUUGAGAAGAUGACGCAAGAAGGGGUUAGUGCAACAUGUUGGACAUACAACAUUUUAAUUGAUGGGCUGAUUAAAAAUGACAGGGCAGUUGCUGGUUACACACUUUUCUGUGAUUUGAAAAAGAAAGGGCAGUUUGUCGAUGGAAUUACUUAUAGCAUCAUCAUUAUGCAUCUUUGUAGGGAGGGCCAAAUCGAGGAAGCCUUGCAUUUGGUAGAAGAGAUGGAAGGCAGGGGAUUUGUUGUUGAUCUAGUCACUAUAACUUCACUCUUAAUUGGAUUUUAUAAGCAAGGUCGAUGGAAUUCAACAGACCAGUUGAUGAGACACAUAAGAGAUGGAAAUUUGUUGCACAAUGUUCUCAGGUGGAAAGCUAAUAUGGAAGCUACAUUGAAACAUCAGCAGAAAAAAAGAGAGGAUUGCACCCCCAUUUUCCCAGCUGAAGGCAAUUUUAGUGAAAUUGUGGACUUGCUCUCAGUUGAUGGUGGAGCAGAUAGCGGUGUAGGAUCAGGUGAUGAUGAAUAUUCAGAUUGGGAGGCAGGCACUGCUGAUGCGGAUGAGUGGUCAUCAUCUCCUUACAUGGAUCAAUUGGCGAAUGAAGUCAAAUCCAAUGGCCAAUUUUUUAAAUGGUUCUCUUUGAACAAGGGUCGGCGAGUUCAAGCAAAAAGGAUGAACUCAUUUGAUAUUGACAUGGUUAAUACAUACUUGUCCAUUUUUUUGGCAAAGGGUCAAUUGAGCAUAGCAUGCAAACUGUUUGAGGUUUUUACUGAUAUGGGAAUUGAUGCUGUGAAUUAUACAUACAAUUCCAUAAUGAGUUCAUUUGUGAAGAAGGGUUAUUUUGAUCAAACGUGGGGAAUUCUUCAUGAAAUGGGUGAGAACCUUUGUCCAGCUGAUGUAGCAACAUAUAACAUUAUCAUUCAAAGUUUGGGAAAGAUGGGAAGAGCAGAUCUAGCUAGCUCCAUCCUAGAUAAGCUAGUGAGCGAGGGUGGUUAUCUUGAUAUUGUUAUGUACAAUACUCUCAUGAAUGUCCUUGGUAAGGUUGGUAGAGUUGAUGAAGCGUUGAAGCUUUUUGUGCAGAUGAGGAAAAGUGGGAUAAACCCUGAUAUUGUUACUUUUAACACAUUAAUCGAAAUUCAUACAAAGGUGGGUAGACUGAAAGAUGCACACAAACUCCUAAGGAUGAUGUUAGAUGCAGGUUGUUUACCAAAUAAUGUGACUGAUACAAUAUUAGAUAAGCUCGGGAAGGAGAUGAAGAAAGCACCAACCAAGGGCAAUGAUUAGAAAGCACCAAAAAGUCAUUGAUGUAAAUGGGAUUUGA